AUGGAAACUGAGCUGAACACAUCAGAGAUUCCAUCUAGAAACACAAUAAUUUUGGAGAAUGAUGCUGACAGUCAUCACCAACAAACAGCAGUGGGAGGAAAUCAAUCAAGUCCUUCAGCAUUCAUCCUUCUGGGAUUUGGCAACCUACUUGAACUGCGAAUUCUCCUGUUCAUAUUGUUGCUUGCAAUCUAUGUUUUAUCUCUAGCCAUGAACUUCCUUGUUGUUUUUCUGGUUGUGGUUGACCAGCAUCUUCAAACCCCCAUGUAUUUCUUCAUCAUGAACCUGUCCUUCUUGGAGACUUGCUACAUUUCAACCAUUCUCCCCAGGAUGCUGGCCAGUUUUCUUACUGGGGAUAGGUCCAUAUCCAUUACAGGAUGUAUCACACAAUACUAUCUCUUUGGUUUCUUGGCAGCCACAGAAUGCUACCUUCUGGCAAUGAUGUCCUAUGACCGGUAUUUGUCAAUAUGCAAACCUCUGCGCUACAUAUCCAUUAUGAAUGGUAGACUCUGCAUCCGACUGGUGAUCACUUCCUGGAUGUGUGGCCUGUUGACCAACACUAUCAUCACUUUGCUUAUGCUAAAGCUCACAUUCUGUGGGCCCAAUGAAAUUGAUCAUUUCUUUUGUGAUGUAUAUCCAGUGGCAAACCUCUCCUGUAACAAUACUCAGCUCGUAAAACUUGCAACAUUUAUUUUAGGAGUGAUAGGAACAGGUCCCCCUUUCCUACUAACUUUGGCAUCUUACGCCUUUAUUAUUUUCACUGUCUUACAAAUUAAGUGUAAAGCUGCCCAGUGGAAGACCUUCACCACUUGCUCUUCUCAUCUAAUUGUGGUGACACUUUUCUAUGGAUCAUUAUUCCUUGUCUAUAUAGUCCCUGAAACAGAAACACUGAAAAGACUACGCAAAACCCUUUCUCUGUUCUAUACCAUCCUGACUCCCUUGCUCAACCCCCUCAUAUACGGUUUGAGAAACAGAGAGAUGAAGGAAGCUCUGCUUAAAUCUGUCAGAAAAUUCAGCAAUAGAGUUUCAUAG